UGGCUGCUGAGAUAGAGGAACAUAUGACGCCGUGCUUCUCUUCACUUCCUGUAAAACUGCUCAACAGAAACAGUUACAUGUGAAACACAGACGAAACCCCGGAUGCUGUUAGAGAAGAAAAGGAAAAUGGAUGACAUUUUGACCUCCUCUGAUAGAUUUUGCGCAAUGAAUGAGAUGAUUUAAGAGUACUGAAGCUGUGUAACUGGCCGAGGAGCUGCCAUGGACACCUUGGCCGUUUUUAGUCCAACACACUUCCCAGAGAGAGAAUUUGACCAAAAAGCGGACUACCGAGCUGAGAAACGAGAGCAUCUAAGAGGACGCAACAACGUGACUUUGUGUCGAAGCCCUACAAGAGACGAUGACACAAGGCAGAUCAAGAAUCAGCUGAAGGAGAAAAGACAGCAGGAGUUUCUGAGGAGGAGAUCGAUGAGUCCUGAGUUAAAGUGUGGAAAGUGUUCCCGGCAGAGAAAACCUUCUCCACAGACAUUUUCCUUUUUAAAUCACAGCUCUAGAAGCAGGUCUGAGACGCUUCACCCAAACACGCCAUCUUCUCCUUCUGCUAAUGGACAUCGAGGGAUGAUUCUGACACCAGAGAGCAGAAUAACGGAAUAUCCAACCAAAUGGUCUUUCCUCCAGGCCUCAUUAUGGUCAGAACCAACAACACCCAUCAGGCAAGAGAGAAGUCCUGCAAGGAAGGAGACAUCUACCUCCACAACAGUAGCAACAGCAUCGGCUCAGACCAUCAAGACCAUCGUUCAGAUGAAAAAGAUUCACAGCAAGUCGCCAGUGCUACUGGAAAGUGUUCAUCCAAAAAAGACGCUCCGAGAGAGCUGCGUGCAAACAGAGGCCGGCAUCGUCACCGUCAAAGAAUCUGAAAUCCAGGGAUUAUCAGACUGCUUGCAGGAAGCCCUGUGGAGAGAGGAGGCACUGAAGAACAAGCUUGCCCUCCUCAAGGAGAUCGCUGCAAACCUCAUCAACACCUCAGACCUUUUAUGGACAUCUCGCUGCAAUGAAGACCUGCUGCGAAACAAGAUCAAAGUCCUGGAGGCGCAGCUGCAAGUGUGUCUGCAGAAGUUUCCUAAGGAUGGAGUAAAGAAGCUGAUGCUGCAGAUGGAGAAGCAGAGAGGAACAUAUGAGGAAAGGGCUUUGGCUGCUUUGCAGAAGAUGACUCAGGAGAAAAGCGAGGCCCUUUCCAAAGCUGAGACACUGCAGGAGGCACUAAGUGCAGCACAGGCAGAGGUGCAGAGGUGGGAGAGUCUUUACAAAGAGCUGAAGCUGAGCUCUGGAAAUCUCAGGGAGAACCAGCAGCUCAUAUAUGAACAGCUGGAACAGCUGCACACCCAGGUGGAGCUGUCCAAAUCCAGAGAGUUGGAGCUAAGAGAGGAGGUGGCAUCCCUCAGACAGGAAAAGCAGGAGCUGCAGUACAACAUAUGCCUGCUGGAGGAGGACAACCAGACGUUAAGAGAGGAGCUCCAGCAACUUCAAGAUGGUGGUGAUGAGAGUGGGGAUUUCUUCAUGCAGCAGAGUCUUAGAUCAGAGGAAGCUCAACCCCGGCUGACCUCCAGGAGAGACUCUCAGCUUGAGGAGGAGCUUCGACACACUCAGGAGAAACUCCAGCUCAAAGAGAAGGAGUGUGAGGAGCUGCAGACUGAGAUGCACACCAUGGAGCAGGAGUGUCAGUCCAGCCAGGCCCGGCUGUCGCAGUGCAGAGACGAACUCCGGCAGCUCAGCCACCGCCACAGGAGAACAAUACCAUGUGGCUCCUGGUGGAGGGUUUGUGUGUUCUUCCUCCUGCUCCUCACCAUAGCGGGGGCUGCCAUGUUGUGGUGCUGGCAUCCUCCAUUCAGGGAUCAAGUUGAUGACCUGUUCUUGGACAUUCAGACCAGGAUUGAAGACUAUCUCAUGGAAAUGGCCUCUCCUCGACACUCGGGCUGUUUUCGACCGAUAUGACCAAACCUCUGCUUAGUAAUUUAGUAUUUGAAUUGUAGUCAUUUCCCACUGUCGUCGUUUUUAUUUUAAAAGGUAUUUUAAGUUGGAAACAAAGGUUGUAUUGGGAUGAGGAGAGUGUACUGUACAUGUGUGCAGAAGAUUCAGGUGAACACAUUAAAAUUACAGAAGUGUUUGAAACUCACACGGUAACUAACAUGUAAUGAGCCAUGCCGUGAGUCUACAACAGUAGAAUUAAAGGAAAUAUCUUUUGUACUGUAAAAAGGAUCGUCCCGUCAGAGGUUCAGCUAUUAAGACGACACCCACAGACUCUAAACCAAACAUCUGAUGAGGACUAACCCCUGUUGCUUUGCAUUUUUGUGACCUAAAUUUAAAAAGAACUUCAAAAUAAAAUAAAAAAUAAAAUCAUUAAUUCA